UGUACGGGGGUAGCUCCGCACGUGGCAGGGCGCGCACCCUGCUGCAGCCAGCCAGUCCAGUCCCGACCGCCCCGCCGAGCGGACUGCCGCGCACCCCUAAAUACACCACCGGCAUAUACAAACUUUGACUACGAACUCCUUUAUUAAAUCCAAUUAGAAAAAAAAACUAGUUCCGAAUUCAAGUUUUAAAUUUUGACAUCUUUCAAAUCUGUCAGUAGAUUCAAGUUCGGUUUUCAAAAGUUUUUUCUUUUUUUUGAAGUUUUUGUGUGCAGGGGUGUCGCCGGUGAUUCAGAAGAGGACCAGGCUAAGAUUUACUGAAAAUGUUGGAUUCAAACAAAGAUGAUCGACAAAAUGAUCAUCGAAAUAACUGAACGGAAAAUUGAUUGCAAUAUUUUGAACGAGUGAAGAUGGAAGCAGCUCUGCCACAUUUCCACCGUCUGACGUCAUCGCGGUUCUACCAGCAAUAUGCGGCUCCACCAGUCCGCAUAUCCAGCAACUACCUCCACGACCUUAUCCCACAGCAGCAUCCCACACUCCUGCAGCAAUAUCUGGCUUAUUACAACGAACCUCUGGUACCUCUCGACCUCUCCCUUAAAUCCACUACUCCGAUAACCCCUCCAUGCACGCCGCCACCCUCACAAAAAAGAAAAGCAAGCGACGAUGGCAAACCAGACAAAUCUCCGAAAAUAUUCCGACAUUUUGAAGAUAAUGACACUAAAGAAGAAUCACAAGACAAAACAGAGAAAAGAAAACUAGACGAUGAAAACUCAAACGACAGCGACAGUCCCGAGGCUAAAAAACUAAAGUUUACCAAACAGUUUUUCGAAGAGCUUAAAACUUGCUUACCGCAGGAAGAGGAGACGACGCCAUCGAAAAGUGGCAGAAGUUCACCUGAUGUUGUUGAAAUAAAAGAUUUAGAGGAACGACCUAAAAAAUCACCGAAACCACUUACACAACCAACUAAGAAAAGCAAAGCUGUCCGAAGGCUUAUGUUUGAUGAAGAUAAAACAUCUCCUGUCUCUGGAACCAUCAUACGAGAUCUAGCUGAGGACGAAACUCUAGUCGUACGCAAGGGAGACAUUGAUCCGGCGUUUAACGUGGUGGAAGUGACUGACGAGGCGAAGGCGUUGAUAGCCGCGAUAGAGAACAGACUGGGCCGGUACAUCUGCAGGCUGUGUCGGCGACUCUACAGCGACGCGUUUGCGCUGGCGCAGCAUCGGUGCUCUAGAAUCGUGCACAUUGAAUACCGAUGUCCCGAAUGCGAUAAGGUAUUCAACUGCCCCGCGAACUUAGCAUCUCACCGUCGCUGGCAUAAGCCUCGAGUAGCUGGUGCAGUGAAGCGACGCGAGCCCCCAGCUGCCGACACUGGUCGCUUCCCUUGCACAAGGUGCGGGAAGAUGUUCCGAAGACAGGCGUACCUCAGGAAGCACAUGUUAGCUCACGAACAGCCUGAGAAUGAGCCUGAGAAGGAACCGUCAGCGUUCCGGCAGGUCCAUGCUGAAUAUCCUGCUUAUCAACCGGACGCCCUCCGAGAGAACACGUUCAGUACCUUCUGGAACAAAAUCCCUCCUCCUCAACAGGAGUUGAGUUGGGAGGGCAUGCGGCCCAGAUGUGGAUCAUCAUGUUCUUCGGAAGAUUCGAGAAGUUUGGACGUCACGGGCUCAGAGGAUGAGGGAGGGGGUGGCGGGGUGAUGGACGGGUGACGGAGGGUACUGCGGCCCGUGCCGCGGCUCCCGUCGUAUGCACCCGUCGCGACUGCUCUCUACCCGUACUCCGCGCCCUAUGCGCAUGACGCACACAUGUAUUUUUCUUAAAUACCAUCGUUACUGGCCAGUGACAAUUCGAAAUCAUCAAAGAGGUUUUAAGUUGCCAUCACUGUUUGAACUCAUGAAGUAUUUAAUACUUUCACUUUUUCUUCAAAGAAAAAUUAACGAAUAAUCGUUUUCUUAAUAGACAUCUUUACAUUAUAACAGUUUUAUAGGUAGUUGUUCAUCAUAUCAAUUUGAAAAUAUAGGCGCAUAAGUAUUGCUUGUAAAUAGGCUUGACGUGUGUUUAGUAAAUAAUUCUAUAUUUAAUUAAAUCCUGUAAAUAUUCAUGAAUAUGAUCUCCUACAGCACAUUCCAAAUUUAUAAUUCUAGAUUCAUGCAAAUGUAAAACAUUUGUUGUGAGAUAAGUACAUUUAGAUAUAGAUUGUAUAGUGUAAUUCACUUUUGUCGACUUAAGUCUCUAAUCAAGUAUUUUAAAAUUAAAUUAUCAUUAUAGUAAGCAGAUGUAGUCUAGCCACUAUUAACUAAGUAAGUAGCAAUAUUGAAAUUAGUUUGCCGGUUAAGUUACUAUUAAUUCGAAAUAGAAAUUCAAUC